AUGGCCAAGGGGGAAAAGGAGGAGGCACCCGUUGACAAGCGGGUGCAAUGGCUUGAGCAGCGCAUUAUUGCAGCUUUGAAGGCAAAACCGGUGGACACCAGAAAGCUCAUCGACAACGAGGAGAGUCGUGGUCAGAUCAAUGAAUUUCUUGACACAGCGGAUGCCCGUCAUCUGUAUGUAUACCAGUUGUCCAGUGGGAUGCUUGCUGCCCGGAUUGAACCACCGGAUGAACUGAAAAAGAAAGGAAUCUAUUUCACAAAGACAAAACGUGAGAGGGUCAGCGACGAUCAGCACAUGAAGGGAACCGUAGUGUUUGGUGACUUAUGUCCUGAUGCACUAUCUGGCCUUAAUGCUAUGACUCGAAACGUUUAUGCUCAGCUUAUUAAGCGUGAGAAGCGAAACGUCAGCCAGGUUCCAGAUGUUGCCGUCGCUGAACUCAUGGAUGAUACAAAUGGUUUGCUGGCGCAGAUGCUGGUGACCCUGGGUCUCAGUCAAGGGAAAACUCUCCUUCCCAUGCCACCGGUGCAGUUGCCUUCAAGAGUCAGUGAUGGCCCUUUUGAUGCGGAGUUCCUCUAUCAAUUGGAGAGCACCAUCAUAGCUUGGACUGCCCAGAUCCGUUCAGCUAUUGAGUCGUCUCCAGGUGAAAUGACAGAGGGUUCUGCAGGAAAGGGAUCUCUUCCCGGGCCGCUAGACGAAAUUGCCUUUUGGAAGAGUAAAGCAGACAAUCUAGCGAACCUUGAUGAACAGCUUUACUCUGUUAAGGCUCUAAAGAUUCUUGUGAUUCUGAAGAAAGCUGAGAGCAGCUACUAUGCCCCGUUUUCGCAGCUCAUGAAUGAGCUCAAAGAAGCCGCGACAGAAGCGAGGGACAACUACAGGUUUCUUAAACCGAUUGAACCGGAAUUUGAAGCCAUGUGUCCCUCCUUCUCUGGGCACAUAGAGUUUACACAAUUGGCUACAAGUGGAACCUUCAAGCGGCUCUUUCAUUAUUUGUAUCUCCUAUGGACUCAAUCAGGUUUCUACAAUACUUCUACACGGUUGGUUGUUCUUCUUCGUGAAAUGUGCAAUGAUCUCAUUGGUAUGGCAGCUGAGCAUGUGAACGUUGAAGAGUUUGCAAAGGGUUUUGAAAAAAAAGAUGCGAUUACCCGACUGGGAGAGACUCUAGCCAUUUGUGGUCAAUUUAAGGCAUCAUACUUCCAUUAUAAAUCAUAUGUAUCUACUGUGGCACGCCCUUGGAAAUUUCAAAAUGCAGCUUUCUUCUCCAGGCUUGAUGUGUUUCUGGAGCGUUGUCACGAUCUUUUGGAUAUUAUGGAAACCGCUGUGCUGUUUGACAAAAUGGAAAAUAUAAAAGUUGGAGGCGCAGAAAGUUUGUUGCACACAAAAGAAGCUGAAGAAAUUAAGACCGAAUUUGAUGAGGCACAUCUUAAGUUCUUUGGUGUUGAGUACAAUUUGUUAGACGUUGAUGAAACCCGAUUUGAUUCCGACUAUUCCAUUUUCCGAGCAAAGAUUCGAGAACUUGAACGUCGUCUCAGUGCUAUUCUUGUAACAACCGUCGAUGACGCAAAGGCUAUUUCAGAAGUUUUCAAAGCAGUGGACACAUUUGAUGGUUUCACCGAUCGUGCUGCCGUCCAACAGGAGUGGUCCAAAAAACAGAAGGCUGUUUUGGAUUGUUUCCAUCAAGAUCUUCUUACAGCACAGGAAGCUUUUUACCAAGGCGAUUCAGCGGGGUUCUAUCCAAACAUUCCACCUCUUGCGGCAGCUGUUGUACGAUGCAAUGCUUUGCUUGAUCGUAUUAAUGAGUCUCAUACCCGUGUCAGUGAACUUUCACCCGCGGUUCUCGAAAGUGAAUCCGGAAAAGAGACGAUGGAGUUGUAUGAGAAACUCAAGGGAAAUCUGGAGGAGACUAUUAGACAGAAGUACGAAGCUUGGUGUGCUGAUGUUGGCUCGAUCAGUGUGGAAAAGUUGAAGUUGCCCCUCUUGGAAAUGGGCCGCGGCAACAACCUGAAGGUCAAUUUUGACCCUGCCCUUGUGAAAACUCUUAGGGAGGUUUACUAUUUGGAGGUUAUGAAUUCUUUUGAUACUCGUGACCGUCAGAAACUUGACGUCCCUACCGAUGUUCAGGCUGUAUUUGAGAAGCGUGAAACAUACCGUUCGCAGACAAUGAAACUUGACUAUGUGUGCUCAACCUACAAUAAUUUCAUGAGCUCCUUACGUCAGGAGGAUGAACGCCCUCUUAUACAGGCAGAACUAGAUGCCUUUGAGCAUACAAUAACGCAAGGGAUGACCGAGGUGCGUUGGCACGAUGGAAAUGAAGUCGACUCCUUUAUUGAAGUAGCUUUACAAAAGGUGAAUGCUAUUGAUCGUGUUGUUACGACAUUUCAUGCAAACGUUCAGCACAUGGUGGACUCUCUGGAGGAAUACCGCAAAAAUGACAAGCUUCUGCCUCUUAACCGCACUGAAGGUGCGAAGACUAUGACGGAACAUGAGUUGAAAAAAUGUCUUGAAGAACACUCCAAAAAUCGUCACCGUGACAUAGCUGUGCGAGGGAAACAUAUCCACAAACUUCUCGAGGAGAGCUUUGAAGCCGUUAACCGACUAAAGGAUAGUGAAGGAUCCCCUCGUAUUACUGAGGAUAGUGAGGCAUGGGAGAAGUAUGUAAGGUACGUUGAUGGAGUUGUCAAGAAGGCAAUAAGCGAUGCUGUCAUUUACUCACUUACUUGCAUACGAAACCAGGUAGAUGCCGAAUGGAUCACCGAAAACGAAGGUAUACCGUUAGUUGAGGUGAGAUUGUGCCUUACUAGGCCAACAGCGGACACCCAGCCGUGCUCGCGGUAUGAGCCAUACAUUCAAGGUGUCCUAGAAGGGGAUGCGUCAGUACGAAAGCUCUUGUCCAACGCCAUGUUGAGUAUUGAAGCUGGUGCAGAUCUUAUUGAUCCCCUUGUUAGUGGUCGGAACUACACCACUGAAGUGGGAAAUAAUGAAGAAGUAAAGCGAUUGAAGGGGGAAAUUGAUGUUUUGUUGACUCAAAACUUUGAGGCGUGUGAAGAGUAUCGUCGUAACUUUGAUGAAUUCAAGCAUUUGUGGGAAACUGAUCGAAAGAAGGCGUUCACAGCAUUUUUAGAAAAGGACAAGAUCAUUAAUCGACGCACCAGCUACACUGAAGAGGACUUAUCAAAGGAAGCUCCACAAACUUCAAAGGAGUAUUUUGGUGUCAGUUUGCAGGAAUUUAACCGAGCUAUCACGGACUAUGAGCGUAUUGGCGCGAGAAUCAAUAGUGCUGAGGAAAGACGCAUAGAGAGUUUCGUUUCAAUUGAUGUGAAACCUCUUCGUGCGGCAUUGCGUGAUAUUUGUAAGAAGUGGAAGGAUAUGUACUCUGACUUUUUGAUGAACAAGAUUUCAACAGAUCUGGAGAAUCUAUAUGCGUUCAUGAAUGAUGCUGAUAAAGGACUUGAUGUUGAAGUGCUUGACGGCAAUGUUGAAUCACUUAAGUGUGUCAUGCGUUGGAUUAGAGAUUGCCGCAGAAAAAAUCAGGAGGUUAUGGGUAGUGAAGAAGAGAGAGAAGCUGGGGGUAUGUUUGCACCUAUUAAAGCUGCUAUUCGUAUGUUGAAGAGCCACGCAAACACCUCAUCCGCCUUGGAAGUGGAGUUGGCGAAGAUUGAGAAAUUGGAUGAAUUACGGAAGCCUGCUCCGGAGCAAUGGGUUGCUCUUAACAAGAAGGCUUUAAAUGUACGGGCACAAAAUUCCAUUGUGCAAGACAGAGAGGCCGAGAAAGUAAAGGAGGAAGUUUUACUUUUUGAAGAAAAACUCCGGCAAGAGGCCCAAACAUUCCGACAGAAACGUUUGUUUAGCUACGCCAUUGAUCGCAGUAUUGUUUAUGAUGAAAUGGACGAGGUUUACCUCCACUUCAUGGAAAUUGAGCACGAAGCAAAAGAACUCCAAAACCUACAGGAACUUUUCGACUUAACCCCCGCACAAUUUAAAGAAAUCCGUGAAUGUCGCCAUGAUUUGAUGAUGUUGAAACAGGUAUGGGACUUAAACGAGCACGUCAUGUCACAGUUCAGUGACUGGAUGAAGUCGACUUUUAAGAAUGCCGAUGUUUCGUUGUUUGAAGAUGAGUCCAAAAAACUUUCCAAGCAACUUCAGCAACAGCCGAUGAAGGUGAAGUCGUGGGAUUGUUUCAAGGGUGUGGAUGAGCAGGUGCGUAACAUGCGAACCUCCUUGCCGCUGUGUCAAUCGUUAAGUUCCCCAUCUAUGCGUCCUCGGCACUGGCAAUUUCUGGUGACAGCAACCAAACAACCCGGUAGUAUCGACCCUGAGGCGAGUGACUUUACCCUGGAGAAGCUGUUUUCUCUUGGUCUUCACAAGUUCUCUGAUGAAGUGGCAAACAUUGUUGAAAAGGCGGAUAAGGAACUGCGGAUUGAGACAAAUCUCAACAAAAUCAUUGAUAUUUGGGAGAAGAUGACCUUUACGUACACAAAAGAUGAAGGUCUCGACACCUACUUGCUGGGUUCGGUGGAUGACGUUGUGGAGCAGCUGGAGAAUGACAACAAUGCACUUUCCUCUAUGCUUUCAGAUCGUUUUGUGGAAUACUUUUAUGAAAAAGUAAUUCACUGGCAGAAAAAUCUUGGGACUGUUGACACUUGUACUGGGAAAUGGAUGGAAAUACAACGACAAUGGAUGAAUCUGUUUCCUAUUUUUGUUCGCUCCGCGGACAUUAAGGAACAACUUCCUCAAGAUGCCAAAAAUUUCGCUGAGGCGGAUCGAGUAUUUCGGAUUCUGAUGAGCAAGGCACACAAGUACACCAAUGUUAUUGAAGUUAUCUGCAGUGAUACCUUGAAGAAUGAAUUGGAGCGAAACGAGGAACUGGACCAAACAUUGAACUAUAUUCAAGAUAUUCUUGCUCAAUGUGAAAAGGCUCUGGCAGACUACUUGGAGACGAAGCGCAAAAUAUUUCCACGAUUCUUCUUUGUAUCUGCAACGGACUUGAUUGAUAUUCUUUCGAAGGGAUCUGAGCCUCGUGCAGUGAUGGUUCAUAUGAGCAAGAUUAUUGACGCUGUGGAUACAUUUUCGUUUGCAAACAAUCCCAACUCUGGGGCUGGACCAAAAGACACAUAUGAAAUGAUCUCUGUGCAGGGUGAGAAGGUGAGUCUUGCGGAGGAUUAUACGUGUGAUGGCCCAGUUGAACUGUGGCUUGAUGGUCUCAUUGGCGCUAUGAAGAAGGCUGUAAAGAAACAAAUCAGGGAGGCAAAUGCGAGUUAUAUUGAGAAACCACGAAAUGAAUGGAUUUAUCAGUAUCCUUGCCAGGCAAUUAUUGUUGCUUCACGUAUCUGGUUUACAACUGAAGUUCACCAGGCAUUUAUUCAAAUUGAGGAGGGUAAUGACAUGGGUAUGAAAGAUCUUUUGAAAAAUCAGAAGUCUCAACUUGAUAGUCUUAUCAAGGAGGUUCUAAUUGAUCGUACGUCCAAUGAGCGGAAAAUGCUUGUGCAUCUUAUUACCAUUGAUGUCCAUAAUCGUGAUAUUGUACAGGCUAUGGUGGAUGAACGUGUUGACGCCGUGGAUGCUUUCAGUUGGCAGUCACAAUUGCGCUAUUACUGGGAUGAAGCAAAGGGAAAUGAAAUCCGAAUUGCCGAUGCUGAAUUUAUUAAUGGAUACGAGUACAUUGGUCUUUGUGGUUGUCUUGUUAUUACCAAAUUGACAGACCGCUGCUACAUUACACUUACUCAAGCUCUUCGCCUGAAAAAGGGAGGAGCGCCUGCUGGACCUGCAGGAACUGGCAAAACUGAAACAACCAAGGACCUGGCGAGAAAUAUGGGUAUUGCAUGCUACGUGUUCAAUUGCUCUGAUCAAAUGAAUUACAUUACGCUGGGCCAGAUUUUCAAGGGACUCGCAAUGUCUGGAUCUUGGGGUUGCUUUGAUGAGUUCAACCGUAUUUCUAUUGAGGUGCUGUCUGUCGUUGCGACGCAAGUUGGGUCCAUCUUGAAUGCUCUUAAGGAGCAAAAACAAAGGUUCCGUUUUAUGGAUGAAGAGAUAUCUCUUAUUACGUCUGUUGGUAUGUGGAUUACCAUGAAUCCUGGUUAUGCUGGUCGUACUGAACUCCCCGAGAACAUCAAGUCGUUAUUCCGCCCCUGCGCUAUGGUUGUCCCCGAUCUCAAGAACAUCUGUGAAAUUAUGUUGGCUGCUGAAGGUUUUGGAGAUGCUAAGGAUCUUGCGCUCAAGUUUGUGACACUCUACAGAUUAAACAAGGAGCUUCUUUCUCCUCAAGACCAUUACGAUUGGGGUCUCCGUGCAGUAAAAUCUGUUCUGUAUAUUGCUGGUGCCCUGAAGCGAGGUGACCCAGACAUUCCGGAGCGUAAUGUACUCAUGCGUGCGUUGCGUGAUACCAACAUGGCAAAACUUAGCAAGGAUGAUGUAUACGUGUUCAUGGGACUUAUUCGUUCCCUAUUCCCAAAUUUAGAGGUUCCAAAGAAGGACAAGCCCGAACUUGUCGCCGCUUGUAAGGAAGUAUGCCGGGAGAAGGGUAAUCUCCCUGGUGAGAAUGACAUCUUUAUUCUAAAAUGUGUCCAGUACGAAGAGCUAUUGCAUGUUCGUCACUCUGUUUUUGUUUUGGGAGCCGCUGGAUGUGGUAAAACGGAAUGCUGGAAGUGUUUGCAAGGUGCACUUACCAAAUUGCACAAGGAUGAGUGGAAGGCUAAGGCGGUGUCAUCUUGUCUGAAUCCAAAGGCUAUUACCUCUAACGAAUUGUACGGAUACUUUACCCCCAAUAAGGAGUGGCGAGAUGGUAUCAUAUCUUGCAUAUUCCGUGAGUACGCAUUAGAGUCAAAAAAGAGACAGAACAUGAAGUGGAUUGUUCUGGACGGUAUCAUCGAUGCAGAGUGGAUUGAAUCAAUGAAUACUGUGAUGGAUGAUAACAAGAUGCUAACAUUAGUGUCGAACGAACGUAUUCCUUUGACAGACUCUAUGCGAAUGAUAUUCGAGGUGUCUCAUUUGCGUAACGCAUCACCAGCUACAGUUUCCCGUGCUGGCGUCGUCUUUAUCAAUGAGAGUGAUCUGGGUUGGGGCCCUUUUAAAGACAAGUGGAUUGCCACCCGAGACAAACGUGAAGGCACGAUACUUGAUAGUCUUUUCGACAAAUACGUUCCCUUCGUAUUCGAGUUUUGGAAACGUAGCAUGAAGCCUAUUGUCUCUCUUAUGGAUAUCAAUGUAGUGCAGACCAUUUGCUUUAUUGUGGAAGGUAUAUUCGCACAGCUGUCGCAAGAAGAACUAACGAAGCAUCCGAACCACUUUGAGGUGUAUGAAAAGUAUUUCGUUUUUGCAGUUAUUUGGGCCUUUGGUGGACCUUUGCCGGGCUCUGAUGGACGAAUAGAUGCAAGAAUGAACUUUUCAAAUCAAUGGAAAAAAGAAUUCCCGAAUAUGAAAAUUAGUGACACCGGAUCCGUAUUUGACUUCUACAUUGAUAAGAACAAGGACGAUAAUGGUGUGUAUCAGUACGAGUGGAAACCAUGGAGUGAUCUUGUUCAGCCAUACAUUCCGGACCCUGAUAAACAGCUCUCCUCUGUCUCAGUGCAAACUGCGGACAGUGUACGCAUGUCACAUCUUAUGAGUCUGUUAGUAGAUAACGCGAAAUCUGUCAUGCUUGUUGGAACAGCUGGUACCGGUAAAACAAAUUUGAUCAUGUCCAAAUUAAGAUCUCUGGACAAUGAACAUGUUUUGUUCCGUGUUAUAUCAUUCAACGCACGUACUUCUUCCAGUGGACUUCAGACUGUGAUGGAACAAUCACUGGAGAAACGUUCCGGUCGUACAUACGGUCCUUUCAACCGAAAGAAACUUGUGUUCUUCCUUGACGACAUGAACAUGCCUGCACCUGAUAAAUACGGAACGCAAGAGGCUAUUGCACUUCUUCAGCAGCAUGUUAACUACGGUUUCUGGUAUGAUCGUGUGAAGAUCAUUCAAAAAGAAGUUGUGGACCUACGUUACGUUGGUGCGAUGAACCCAAAAUCUGGUACUUUUACAGUAUUGGAUCGUCUCUUGCGCCACUUCGCUGUCUUCUCUACGAAUAUGCCGGAACGAGCGGAUUUGGUGAGUAUAUAUGGACAGAUUCUACAGGCGCAUACUAAGAAGUUCCAACGCGACAUCCGGGACGCAAUGACAACCCUUAUUACCAACGCUACCAUUGAAUUACACUAUUUGGUAUCCAAGCAGUUUUUCCCCACUGCCGUUAAGUUUCACUAUCAGUGGAAUAUGCGCGAGAUGUUUAACAUUUUCCAGGGACUUUGCAAAGCUCACCCCAAACUCCAUACCACGCCAAUGCAGUUUGCACGCCUUUGGGUUCAUGAAUGCAAUCGAACGUUCCGUGACCGAAUGGCAGAGGCAGAUGAUAUGAACCGCUUCGAUGCUGUUUUUCUGGAGGUGAUAAGCCGUGCUGGUUUUAGCGAUAUCAACCCGAAGGAACUGAUCCAAGAACCAUUAUUGUGGGGACCUUUCCAUACCACUCCAGAGGGUGAGGAGAAUGUUUACGAGGAAGUGACCGUUGAUAACGCGCAGUCAUUCCUUAUAAAGAAACUUGAAGAAUACAAUGAUAACUAUGCUCGAAUGGACCUCGUUUUAUUUAAUCAGGCAGUUGAACACUUAUGUCGCAUUUCACGUAUCACGUCUAAUCCACGUGGUAACGCCUUGCUUGUUGGUGUUGGCGGUUCUGGUAAACAGUCCCUUGCUCGUCUUGCAUCAUUUAUCAAUGGGCAUGAUGUCUUCCAAAUCCUUGUGACGAGCAGCUACGGUAUUACAGAAUUCCGUACUGACAUGCAAGAGUUAUAUCGCAAGUGUGGUCUGAAGGGGUACCCAUUCGCCUUUAUCAUCACCGAUACUCAAGUUGUGUCUCAGGAUAUGCUGGUCUACCUCAACGAUAUGCUUGCCAGUGGCAAUGUUCCCGAACUUUUCAACCAGGACGAGCGUGAUGGCAUAAUAGGUUCGAUCACCAAUGAAGUUAAGGCUUCUGGCUUUACGGAUUAUUCAAACCCGGAUGUCUGUUGGGAUUACUUCAUCAACAAGGUGAGGUCAAACCUUCAUAUUAUUCUGUGUUUCUCUCCAGUCAGUAAAAACUUCGCUAAGUGGUGCCGUCAGUUCCCUGCCCUUGCCAAUACUACUGUUAUAGAUUGGUUCUUACGUUGGCCAGAGCAGGCUCUUAAAUCGGUUGCAAAGCGGUUCUUAUCAGAAAUUGAGCUGGGUGGACCGAAAAUGACGAAGAACAUCGCUGAUUUCAUGGCAUCUUGCCAAGAGAAGGUUACUGAGACUUGUGAGGAGUAUUACCUUCAUGAAAAGCGACGUGCGUACACGACACCGAAGUCAUUUUUGGAACUUAUUGCCUUCUACAAGGAGCUUCUUACCAAGAAACGUGAUAACCUUAAUGAUAGGACGCACCGUUUGGUGAGUGGUAUAGAUAAAAUCAAGGAAGCUGGUGUCCAGGUUGCAGCAUUGCAAGAUGUCUUGCAGAGGGAAAGUAUAGAAGUCGAGGAGGCACGUCAAAAAACAGCAGCAUUAAUGGAAACCGUAGGGAGGGAAAAGGCUAUUGUGGAGGAACAGAGUGCCAUUGCAGCAAAAGAAGAGGAAAAAACAAACAAAAUUGUUGCAGAGGUAGAGACAUUUGAAAGCCAGUGCGCAGAAGAUUUAGCGAAGGCGAAACCUUUGGUGGAGGAGGCUCUUGCAGCGCUUGAUACGCUUGACAAAGCAUCCAUUUCAGAGUUAAAGAACUUAGGUAAACCCCCAGUCGAUGUACAAAUGGUUGCUAUAUGUGUGAAGGUACUUACGUCCAAUCCGCGUGCUAUUCCUUCAGUAAAGAACCGAACAUGGGCAGAGUGCAAAAAGAUGAUGAAUCAGGUUGAUCGUUUCCUGGCAGAGUUAAAGGGGUUUGACGUAAAUAAUAUUCCACAAGUGUGCAUUGAUCAGAUUCAAAUGUACAUCACAAACCCCGCCUUUGACCCUGAGAACAUCAAGACAAAAUCCUUUGCUGCGGCAGGCUUGUGCAAAUGGGCCGUUGGUAUUAACAAGUAUCACUUGGUGCGCUGCGAGGUACGACCCAAAGAAGAAAGACUUGCUGAAGCCCAAGAGCGUUUGCAUCAGAGUAAAACGGCGCUGAAGAAAAUCCAAGACAAAGUUGCAGAUCUUAAUGCCAAACUUGAAGCCCUGAUCUCACAGUACAACGAAGCAGUUGAAUCAGCUAAUGCCAUUGAGCGUAAGGCAAAAAAGACACAAUUAAAGAUGGAUCUUGCCCAACGUCUCGUUACUGGUCUAGCAGACGAAAGUGUACGCUGGGGUAACACCAUUCAAGAGCUCCGGAAUGCAAGCGAGCUUUUGGUUGGCGAUGUUCUUCUGGGUGCCUCUUUCGUUUCAUACAUUGGCCCAUUUUCAAAGGCUUUCCGUGAACGUAUUGUGACAGAAGAUUGGGUACCCAAGGUGAAGGAGUUGGGUAUUCCAAUGACGGAAAACCUUGAUAUUACGAUGAACGUCCUUACAACAGAAGCAGCAGUGGCCUCAUGGAACAACGAAGGUCUUCCUUCAGACAGAAUAUCAACAGAGAACGGUGCCCUUGUGACUAACUGCACUCGGUGGCCUUUACUUAUUGACCCCCAACUUCAGGGUAUCAAGUGGAUUCGCACACGUGAGGAAAAGAACGGACUAAAGGUGAUUCAAACAUCACAAAAAACAUGGCAACGCACUCUUCAGUCGUGUAUUGAGGAAGGACUUCCUUGUCUUAUUGAGUCUGUGGGUGAAUUCAUUGAACCAGUGCUAGAUGGUGUUCUGAGUCGGCAGACUUUUAAAAAAGGUGGGCGUUUGUUCAUUAAGCUUGGUGCGACGGAAGUGGAGUACAACCUCAAAUUCCGUUUGUUCCUGCAGACGAAGAUUGGUAACCCUUCAUAUGGCCCCGAGGUAAAUGCCCAAACAACUCUUAUCAACUUUAUGGUGACAGAGGUUGGUUUGGAGGAUCAACUCCUUGCGGUCGUUGUGAACCAAGAACGUCCAGACCUUGAGAAAAAGCGGGGUACACUUCUUCGCCAGAUGAAUACUAUGACAAUCGAACUUCAAAAGUGUGAGGAUGGUCUCCUGUAUGAACUGACAAAUGCCACAGGUGACAUUUUAGAAAAUGUUGCAUUGAUCGAAAACCUUGAAAACACAAAAAAGAAGGCAAAAGAAAUCAACAUUUCUUUUGCCCAGGCGGUAGCCACUCAGAAAGAUAUUGCUCAAAGUCGUCUUACAUAUACCAAAGUUGCCGUGCGUGGUUCAUUGCUAUUUUUCCAGAUUGAUCAACUGUGGAGGAUUGACCAUAUGUACCAGUACUCUCUGGAGGCAUUUAUGGUUGUGUUCAACAAGGCCCUUCUGAAGGCGGCGCAGCCGGAAGACAAGAAGGAUGUUGCGAAACGGGUGGAAAACGUUCUUCAAUCUAUCAUGGAAACCGUAUUUGCAUACGUCUCUCGUGGUCUUUUUGAGCGACACAAACUAAUUUUGUCAAGUCUGUUGACUUUCGCAAUCCUACAACGAAAAGGUGAAAUUGACGCUAAACAGCUGGAUUUCUUGUUGAGAGGAAAGAAAAAAUUGGGCGUGCCACGCCCUGAAACUGUUGUGGAGUGGUGUCCUGAACCGAACUGGGCUGCAGCACAAGCUCUUGCCGACGUCGAGGGAUCGACACCACCUUUCAGUCUUUUGCCAAGCGAUAUGUCAGAGAAUAAUCGCUGGAGACAAUGGACUGAGACAGAAAAGCCUGAGUUGGAGAAAAUGCCAACUGAGUGGAAAAACUUGUCGCAGUUUGAACGUCUUUUGGUGUUACGCUGCUUGCGCCCUGAUCGUCUUACAGCUGCCUUGGAAACAUUUGUAUGCGAUAGCAUUGGUCGUUUCUUUGUAUCUGACCAGGCCGUUGAUAUUUCUGCGUCGAUCAAGGAGUCAACGACGACAACACCGCUUUUCUUCAUUUUGUCACCUGGUGUGGAUCCUGUACGUGCUGUGGAGGAGGCAGGUCGGAAACUGGGCUUUACAUACGACAAUGAGCGUUUGUACAAUGUUUCACUUGGUCAAGGCCAAGAAAUCGUCGCUGAUCGCGCCCUUGAGAAAUGCUUCCUGCAUGGUGGCUGGGCGCUCUUGAACAACAUUCAUCUUGUGCAGAAGUGGCUCCGAAGCUUGGAACGACGACUCGACAACUACGCUGAGAUUUACACCCGCGUGGCACAGUUGAGGAAAGAGCGUGAUGAAAAACGAGCAGCAGCCAAGAAGGUUGCAGAGAAUUCAAAAGACAACAGCAAGGAUGACAAUGAAGAUGGUCCUGAAAGUGCGAAUGAAGGUUUAUCAGCAGAUGUCUCGCAGGCUCUUGACGCGACCACAGGAGGAACAGAGGGAGAAACGAGUUCUGCUGAACCCGCAGCAGGAGGAGAUGCAGAGGAAGAAAUGAGUGAUGACGAUAUUCCCUUUGAAGGCCCAAGGGGACAUCCGGACUUCCGCGUGUUCUUGAGCGCCGAGCCUUCCAACGUCAUUCCAAUUGGAGUCCUUCAGCGCUCGAUCAAGCUCACAUCUGAACCGCCAACUGGAAUUCGUUCUAAUAUUAUUCGUGUGAUGACCAACUUUAGCGAUGAGCCGUGGGAACGGAGUGCGAAGCCAACAGAGUUCCGCUGCAUUAUGUUUUCCAUGUGCUUCUUCCACGCCGUGGUCGUGGAACGCAAAAAGUUUGGCCCCCAGGGAUGGAACAGGGUCUACCCCUUUAACGCAGGUGACUUGACUACUUGUAUGGAAGUGGCAGCAAAUUAUAUUGAGGAUCGGCCGAAGGUUCCAUGGGAAGACUUACGCUAUGUAUUUGGUGAAAUUAUGUACGGUGGUCACAUUACGGAUGACUGGGACCGCGUAUUGUGUAUGGCGUACCUUCGAACAUUUAUUGUACCGGAGUGCUGCGAUCACCUUCAACUGGCGCCUGGACUUGACGUACCUCCUCCGAUGACUUACAACGAGUACAUGGAUUGGCUGACGAACUCCGAAGAUUUUCCACAGGAGUCACCCCUUCUUUUCGGCCUUCAUCCGAAUGCGGAGAUUAACUACCGUACUGUUCAAGCAGAUGUGCUCUUCCGUACCAUCAAUGAGCUACAGCCAAAACAGCACACUGGAGGAGAUAUGCUUAGCCCACAAGAUAUUGUGCAGCAGAAGAUUGAUGAGCUUCGAGAACGUCUUCCUGAGCCGCAUAAUCUACAAGACUUGUCGGAACGUCUUGAGGAUGAACGAACACCACAGCAGCAUGUGUUCUAUCAGGAGUGCGAACGCAUGAAUCUUCUUACUAGCGUUCUGAAAGGAACGCUUGAAGAGCUGGAUCUUGGCCUCAAGGGAGCACUCUCUAUGACAGCGGCGAUGCAGACGUUGUUUGACGAAAUCUUUCUUGAUAAACUUCCAGCUGUGUGGGAAAAGGUUUCCUUUUUGUCCUUGCGUGCGCUGGGGUCAUGGAUGGAAAAUUUCCUCUUCCGCAACGAUCAGUUGGUGAACUGGAGUGGUGAGCUUCAGACCCCAAAGGUAACCAACAUUGCCCUUUUCUUCAAUCCAAUGUCGUUCCUCACGGCUAUUAUGCAAACGACUUCCAUCACCAACAGUUUUGAUCUCGAUCAAAUGUCGCUGGUGAUUGAUGUGUUGAAAAAGUCUGCCGAUCAGAUUGAGACAAGUGCCCGAGACGGUUGCCAUGUCUCUGGCCUUUCCAUGGAAGGCGCCCGUUGGGAUUCCGGGGCUGCCUGCAUUGAGGCUAGCAGGAUGAAAGAACUCUAUCCAAAAAUGCCAAUCAUGACAGUGCGUUCGUUGCCGCUUUCAAAGAUUGAUCGCCGCGACCAAUACGAGUGUCCAGUGUACAAGACUCAGCAGCGUGGGCCUGGUUUCGUUGUCGGCUUCUGGCUCAAGACCAAGCAGCCUGCAAAGAGGUGGACAAUUGCUGGUGUUGGUCUUAUUCUUGAUGUUGUGGAGUAA